GUAAAGCCCCGCUCCCGGCCCGGGUCUCCGGCUCUCCCUUUCUCCGGGUUUCCCCCUCCCCACCAUCAUUUGCAUCCAGCCGAAAGCUGGGCCCUUCCCACUAAUUUGCAUAUCUUAUAUGGCCUAAUGGUGGCGAUCAUGGCAAGUUAGAAGUUUUCUGACUCCUCUCGGAGGAGACUCCGGGACCCUGGGGAGUAACAGGUGUCUGGAGGCUGAAGGGUGGAGGGGUUCCAGGAUUUGGGGUUUGCUUGUGAAAUUCCCCUCCACCCUCCUCUCUUGCACCCACCCACCUCCUCACCCCCUUCUUUUUCCGUCCUUGGAAAAUGGUGUCCAAGCUCACGUCGCUCCAGCAAGAACUCCUGAGCGCCCUGCUGAGCUCCGGGGUCACCAAGGAGGUGCUGGUCCAGGCCUUGGAGGAGUUGCUGCCAUCCCCGAACUUCGGGGUGAAGCUGGAGACGCUGCCCCUGUCCCCCGGCAGCGGGGCCGAGCCCGACACCAAGCCGGUCUUCCACACGCUCACCAACGGCCACGCCAAGGGCCGCUUGUCCGGCGACGAGGGCUCCGAGGACGGCGACGACUAUGACACCCCUCCCAUCCUCAAGGAGCUGCAGGCGCUUAACACCGAGGAGGCGGCGGAGCAGCGGGCGGAGGUGGACCGGAUGCUCAGUGAGGACCCUUGGAGGGCUGCUAAAAUGAUCAAGGGCUACAUGCAGCAACACAACAUCCCCCAGAGGGAGGUGGUCGAUGUCACCGGCCUGAACCAGUCACAUCUCUCCCAGCAUCUCAACAAGGGCACCCCUAUGAAGACCCAGAAGCGUGCCGCCCUGUACACUUGGUACGUCAGGAAGCAACGAGAGAUCCUCCGACAAUUCAACCAGACAGUCCAGAGUUCUGGAAAUAUGACAGACAAAAGCAGUCAGGAUCAGCUGCUGUUUCUCUUUCCAGAGUUCAGUCAACAGAGCCAGGGGCCUGGGCAGUCCGAUGAUGCCUGCUCUGAGCCCACCAGCAAGAAGAUGCGCCGUAACCGGUUCAAAUGGGGGCCCGCGUCCCAGCAAAUCUUGUACCAGGCCUACGAUCGGCAAAAGAACCCCAGCAAGGAAGAGAGAGAGGCCUUAGUGGAGGAAUGCAACAGGGCAGAAUGUUUGCAGCGAGGGGUGUCCCCCUCCAAAGCCCACGGCCUGGGCUCCAACUUGGUCACGGAGGUCCGUGUCUACAACUGGUUUGCAAACCGCAGGAAGGAGGAGGCGUUCCGGCAGAAGCUGGCCAUGGACGCCUACAGCUCCAACCAGACGCACAGCCUGAACCCUCUGCUCUCCCACGGCUCCCCCCACCACCAGCCCAGCGCCUCUCCUCCGAACAAGCUGUCAGGAGUGCGCUACAGCCAGCAGGGAAACAGUGAGGUCACUUCCUCCUCGACAAUCAGUCACCAUGGCAACAGCGCCAUGGUGACCAGCCAGUCGGUUUUACAGCAGGCCUCCCCAGCCAGCCUGGACCCGGGCCACAAUCUCCUCUCACCUGAUGGUAAAAUGAUCUCAGUCUCGGGAGGAGGUUUGCCCCCGGUCAGCACCUUGACGAAUAUCCACAGCCUCUCCCACCAUAAUCCCCAGCAAUCUCAAAACCUCAUCAUGACACCCCUCUCUGGAGUCAUGGCAAUUGCACAAAGCCUCAACACCUCCCAAGCACAGAGUGUCCCUGUCAUCAACAGCGUGGCCGGCAGCCUGGCAGCCCUGCAGCCCGUCCAGUUCUCCCAGCAGCUGCACAGUUCUCACCAGCAGCCCCUCAUGCAGCAGAGCCCAGGCAGCCACAUGGCCCAGCAGCCCUUCAUGGCUGCUGUGACUCAGCUGCAGAACUCACACAUGUAUGCACACAAGCAGGAACCCCCCCAGUAUUCCCACACCUCCCGGUUUCCAUCUGCAAUGGUGGUCACAGAUACCAGCAGCAUCAGCACGCUCACCAACAUGUCUUCAAGUAAACAGUGUCCUCUGCAAGCCUGGUGAUGCCCACACAUCACUCACUCUGUGCACAGCAGCAAGGAGCCCGUUUUCCCCACCAUCACCCUCUGGGCAGCCGCCAUGGAGAAGCCCGGUGACCUGACAAGCACCUGCGAGAGGUCCCUGCUUACCUGAUGGGCGUCCUGCUGGCACCUCAGACAAUCCACUCUCAGGAGGCGCAGCCCAGAGCCCAGCUUCCCUUCUGUGCAGUAUUGCCACGAUGCCUCUCCCACGAUGUCAGGGACUCCUGUCUGUCCUGGAGGUGGGAGACAAGGAACCGCCCCCGAAGAGGAAGCAAGAAAGCUGUUGUUUCUACGUUGUGAUCCUUCAUCGAACAAACUGAUGCAAAAACUUGAAUCUGUUACUGAAACGAGGAGAGGAGGACGCGUGCUAUUGAACUGAGCCAAACACACUGUAAAUAUCCGCAGACUCCUUCCCCCGCCCCAUCCCAAAUGAUCUUGAGAUUUCUUUUAAAGAAGUAAAUUUGUCCAAUGGCUGUAAACUAUAAACUACUGUAAUUAAGUGCAAUUUCCCUUCUGUGUCCUCUCCCCUCUGCCCUGUAUAUAAUACUAAAGUGUCUAUUAAUUUUCUUUGUAAAGGUCAGAGUCAGAAUUUCAAAAGUGAUCUGUCCCCUCUCUUCCCUCAUGGAGAAACGCCCUGAGCGGGAAGCGAAGCCCCUUGUCCCCUCCCUCAGGCCUGGACACUCACAGGGAUGAAAUACCGUGGACUGACCACCAGCUAACUUCAGUCUCCUGACAGUAAGACACACCUCUGGAUCCCCGGAGGGGCUCAACGUAGCGUGUCAGAGUAACAUGCUAGCUUUCUGUGGGGUGGGAGUCCAGCCGUGCACCACUCCCUAAGAAACCCCAGGGCAGGGAAACUGACUAUUUCAUAGUAAAAGAAAAAGUUGCAGUCUCAGAAAGCCUUCCAUUAAAAUGAUUUAUUUUAUCA